AUGGGUUCCCCAUCGGAAGAUUCGUUCACCGAUAUUUACCGAAGAUUUUUUUCACCCGAAGAAAUCACGGAGGAGGAAGAAGCGGUUACGAGUGCAUGUACUCUCGCGAUACAAGCAAUGGAACACGUUCGGCGUUCUCCUCCACGCCCCAUUUUGAGGCGCACAUAUAUCUUGCGAGAUCGUGAAGCCGCGGACGAGCGUUUGAUGAAAGACUAUUUUGAUCCCACACCGGUUCACGGACCCAAUGUUUUUCGACGGCGGUUUCGGAUGAGCCAAAGGUUAUUUUUGCGCAUUAAUAAUGACUUGGAAGCUAAGUAUGAUUUCUUUAAGAAAAGAAUGGACGCGCGAGGAUAUUUAGGGUUCACCUCAAUUCAAAAGGUCACUUCCGCUUUACGCAUCCUAGUCUACGGAAAUACGUACGACAUCAACGACGAGUACUUGAAGAUGGAGGAGAAAACAACACGAGAUAGAGUGGAACAAUUUUGCUAUGGUAUAUGCCAGUUAUACGAAAAACGUUACUUGAGAAAUCCCACUUUGAACGACCUUCAACAAAUAUAUAAGGUGCAUCUAGAAAAGCAUGGAAUACCCGGCAUGAUUGGUAGAUUGGAUUGUCGUCAAUGGCGUUGGUAUAAUUGUCCAACCGCAUGGCGACGAUGA